AUGUUUACAGAUCCGUAUAAUUUUGAAGACCGCCUUACAGCGACUGGUCAUGGUUCCCUGACACUCAGCGGCGGCUCGCCUGGUGGCGGUUACUCCGCGGGAGGUUCAGCCGCCCACCACCGAGCCGCCUCUGGCCUUCAUCAUUCAGCGGCAGCAGCCAUGCAACAUCAACUGCCACAACCCGAUUUUCAACCCCCCUACUUCCCGCCGCCCUUCCAUCAUGCACCCAGUCCACCACCUCAACAGCAUUUGGAGUACCUCACUGAUCCGUACGGGGGCCUUUCUGGGCUGCACCAUUACAAUCAACUGGGAUUGAGGCCGAGGGAUGGGGAUGGCAGCCAUACACAUGUUAGUCAGUUAGGUCAUGGUACGAGUUUUCCCUAUAGCACUGGUCCAGGUGGGGGGAGACCCGAUUAUACUACUGCCUCUCAACGACACGACGAUCCCCUCUCCCUCCAUCAAGCCUUAGGGCAAGCCGUUGAAGAGGCUCAAGGAGGCUUAGACGAUAAUACGGGUUUCAUCACAGACUUACCGUUACUUAAAAUAUUGGAAGCCAAUAAAAUUACUUCAGUCAACUUAAAACUUGAUGUAUUUGUUUAA